AUGAUUAACGAGGAAGUUCAAAAGCUAAUGGGCAAUGGAUCCGGGAAGGAAGUACAGUACCCUGACUGGCUGGCUAAUGCCGUCGUUGUGAGAAAGAAGAACGACAAGUGGAGAGUCUACAUCGACUCCAUAGAUUUAAACAAAGCCUGCCCGAAAGAUCCAUUCACGCUGCCUCACAUUGACAUGAUGGUUGGAAAAUACCUGAGCCACAUACCAGCGGUUGGUGAACAAAAUGUUCUUAAGGCAUUCGAUCUCUUGAUCAAAUACAAUAUGAAGCUGAACCCCACCAAGUGUUCUUUCGGGGUGGCAUCCAGAAAGUUCCUGGGUUAUAUGGUUACACAGCGAGACAUUGAGGCCAAUCCAGAUCAGAUUCGGUCCACUCUCAAUAUCUCUUCUCUAACAUGUAUUAAGGAUAUUCAGAGACUUAACGAGAGGAAGUUUGUUAAUUACGAGUGGACACCCGAGUGUGAAGACGCCCUGAACCAGUUGAAGGGUAACCUCACCUCCCCACCUUUAUUGUCUAAACUGAAGAUUGGGGAGCAGUUAUACGUUUACUUGGUUGUUUCAGAAGUGGCAAUCAAUGCAGUCUUGGUCAGGGAAGAAGAAAAGAAGCAAUUACCAGUGUAUUACGUGAGUAAGAGCUUAUUGGACACAGAGACCCAGUGUAGCUUACUGGAGAAGUUGGCUUUAGCAUUGGUGAUCACAACCAGGAAAUUGAGGCUGUACUUUUUGCGUCAUUUAGUUGCAGUGGUGACCAAUUUGCCUCUAAGAAGUAUUCUGCACAAGCCUGAGCUUUCUGGAAGGAUAAUCAAGUGGGUAGUGGAGCUUAGUGAACAUGACAUUUCGUAUCAGCCUAGAACAACGAUAAAAUCACAGGUCUUGACAGAUUUCGUAGCUAACUUCGCUCCAUCAGAGCAACUGAAAGCAGACAAAGAGCUACUUUACAUGAUAGAACAAGCGCCCAAAGCUUGGACUCUAUAUGUUGAUGGUUCUAGCAAUGUAAGAGGUAGCAGUAUGGGAAUCGUGUUGAUUUCCCUAGAAGGAAGCGUAAUUCAGAAAGUAAUCAGAUGUGGCUUCCAUACAACCAAUAACAAAGCAGAGUAUGAAGAUUUGGUCAUCGGGAUGAUGCUCGCUAAAGAGCUCGGAGUGACGAAUUUGAAGGUUCACUCAGAUUCACAGUUGAUAGUGAAUCAGUCUCUAGGUUCUUAUCAAGCCAAAAAUCCUACGAUGAUCUGCUACUUGGAGCUAGUAAAGGAGUUGCAGUUGGCAUUCAUAGAGUUUUUUAUAACUCAAAUUCCACGUGCGGAGAAUUCAUAUGCAGACGCACUAGCCAACCUUGGGUCGUCAAUCCAGACUACCCAAUGGCAAACAAUUCCUUUGGAGUUUGACUCAUCGCGCAUUGGCAACCGGGUAUUAUUGGCCUACGAUGGGGGGAUGGAUAUAGUUGGCCCCUUACCUAAGAUUUGGUGCAGAUUUGGGGUGCCCAAGGAGAUUGUGACAGACAAUGGGCCACAAUUUGUUAGUCAUAAAUUUCAGGAGUUUUGUGCCAAUUGGGGAAUAAGGUUGGAUUUCACCACCCCAAGGCAUCCACAAUGCAAUGGCCAAGUGGAAGCAUCCAACAAAACCUUGAUCAAAACCCUGGAGAAGUGCCUAGAGAAGGCUAAAGGAGACCACUUUAUAGACUCCUAUUGGGGAAACUCCUUUUCUAUUGCUUAUGGAUCAGAGGCAGUUAUACCAGUUGAAGCUGGACUUCCUUCUGUGAGAGACCGGACGCUUACAAGAACGGCAGCUUACCACGACAAAGUAGCUAGAUACUUCAACAAGAAUGUUCGUACUAGGGCAUUUGAAGAAGGGGAUAGAGUGCUCAUUAAGGUCUUUGAGAAUACUAAAGAGCUGAACGCUGGGAAGUUAGGUCCAAAUUGGGAAGGACCAUACUUGAUUGACAGAGUGUUAGGUAAUGGCUCCUAUAACUUAUGUAGGGAAAGUGGUGAAGUCAUCUUGCAUCCUUGGAACGCCAUUCAUUUAAAGUUGUACCAUUCUUAA